UGGGGGGGAGAGGCAGGGAGAAAACGACGGGAGAGCGGUAUCUUACAUUUGUGGCCCUCCGUAUCCUUCCCCUCGUCCUCGGUGCACGAAGAACCUCACCGCCGCUAAACUACAGCGAGGACACCGAGUGGGGAUCGGUAGAAUCUUUCACUUGGUUGUCUUCUGUCGACAGCGAUUUCAUUCUGAAGGAGGAGAGAGAUGCAAAUGUAAAGAACGGGACAUGUAUUUGGCAGUCGGGUGUGACAUGCUGCGUUGUACAAGUAACUGCACACAGUUACUGUAACAGCAUCGAAAUGGUCACUGCUCUGAACCAUAAUAUGUUGUGGUGAUCUUUUCAAGGCGUGCUGUGCCAUCAGAGACCUUGAGCAUGAGCCAUAUCAGACACACUGGGGAGGGUGGAAAAGUCAGAUUCCAGGAAUCCAUCUAGACUGCUGAUAAAUCUACUUUCAUCCCACUGGUCGUGGCCCAAACCAUAAGCACUGCUGUCUCCAGUCAUCCCUAGGACCACGCACGCCUCCUUGGACACUUCUGGUCCUUCUCUCUGCCUUGCGUUUCUGCUUUCUCUCACCCAUUCAGAUAAAUGAGUGGUCCAGCUGCAGACAGCAGGGCUGGGACAAGUGCCAGAACCCACACAGAAUGUCCUGGUUCAACGGCUUCCUAGUGGCCAGAGUGGACGACCGCAAGACCGCGUGGGGCGAGCGCAAUGGCAAGAAGUCCAAGCGCAAGGGGGGCUCCUCUCUCUGCAACCCACGCUACAUGAGCUGCCUGAGGGACUCUGAGGCCAUGGAGCCCCCCGUGCAGGCGCCCCAUUCCAUGCCCCCACGCGGCACUGUAGGCGGGGGAGGCGUCGGCGGCCUGGGGGGUCCCGGCUCGGUCGGGGGCGGAAGCCAGUUCGGCGUGCGCUUCGGCUGGCAAGAAGACCACUACGGCAUCCGCGGCGGCGGAGGGGGAUCAGGGGAGGGCGUGGGGCUGAAAUCGGUGGACCUGGGCUUCGAGGACGGGGACACGGCCGGCCGUAAAGGCGGCGGCGGCGGCGGGAGCGGCGAGGGCGGUGGCGGCGGCAGCGGCGGCGAAGAGGACGAGGACGAGAGCGGAGGGGGCGUGGUGACGGCGGCCGACUGCUGGCUGCGCGUGGCCCGCGUCUUCCAGUCCAAGAAGUUCCAGUCGCGUAAGCUGGAGCGCCUGUACCAGCGCUACUUCUUCCGCCUCAACCAGAGCUCCCUCACCAUGCUGAUGGGCGUGCUGGUGCUGGUGUGCGGCGUCAUGCUGGCCUUCCACUGCGUGCACGCGCCCCCCCACCCAGCCUACGCCGCGCUGCUCUCCGUGGCCAUGGGCCUCUUCCUGGCCCUCAUGGUGGUGUGCAACCGCAACGGCUUCCACCAGGACUACAUGUGGAUGGUGAGCUACCUGGUGAUCGGCGUGCUGCUGCUGGUGCAGGCGCUGGGCGUCCUGAUGGUGGCGCCGCGGAGCGCGUCCGAGGGCAUCUGGUGGUCCGUCUUCUUCAUCUACAUCAUCUACACGCUGCUGCCCGUGCGCAUGCGCGCAGCAGUCAUCAGCGGCGGCCUGCUCUCCUGCAUCCACCUGCUCACCACCUGGAGGAUCAACCUGCAGGACGACUUCCUCUGGAAACAGCUGAGUGCCAACGUGCUGAUCUUCCUGUGCACCAACAUCAUUGGGAUCUGCACUCACUACCCGGCCGAGGUGUCCCAGAGGCAGGCCUUCCAGGAGACACGCGGCUACAUCCAGGCUCGCCUGCACCUGCAGAGGGAGAACCAGCAGCAGGAACGCCUGUUGCUGUCUGUGUUGCCAAGGCAUGUCGCCAUGGAGAUGAAGGCUGACAUCAACGCCACGAAAGAAAACAUGAUGUUCCACAAGAUUUACAUCCAGAAGCACGACAACGUCAGUAUCCUGUUUGCAGAUAUUGAGGGCUUCACUAGUUUGGCAUCUCAGUGCACGGCUCAGGAGCUGGUCAUGACACUGAACGAGCUCUUUGCCCGCUUUGACAAGCUGGCCUCCGAGAACCACUGUCUGCGGAUCAAGAUCCUGGGGGACUGUUACUACUGUGUGUCUGGACUGCCCGAGCCACGCGCGGACCACGCCCACUGCUGUGUUGAGAUGGGUGUGGACAUGAUCGAGGCCAUCUCGCUGGUGAGAGAGGUGACGGGGGUCAACGUGAACAUGCGUGUGGGGAUCCACAGUGGCCGCGUGCACUGCGGGGUGCUGGGACUCAGGAAGUGGCAGUUUGACGUGUGGUCUAAUGAUGUCACACUGGCCAAUCAGAUGGAGGCCGGGGGAAAAGCAGGGAGAAUCCAUAUUACAAAAGCCACCCUGCAGUACCUUAAUGGGGAUUACGAGGUGGAGCCUGGCUUUGGUGGCGAGAGGAACGCCUACCUGAAGGAGAACAGCAUCGAGACCUUCCUGGUGCUGGGCUGCAGUCAGAAAAGGAAAGAGGAGAAGGCCAUGAUGGCCAAGAUGCAGCGCGCGCGCGCCAACUCUAACGAGGGCCUGAUGCCGCGCUGGGUCCCUGACCGCUCCUUCUCCAGGACCAAGGACUCCAAAGUCUUCAGGCAGAUGGGCAUUGAUGAAGCAUCCAGCAAAGACAACCGUGGUGCCCAGGAGGCCAUGAACCCUGAGGACGAGGUGGAUGAGUUCCUGGGCCGGGCCAUAGACGCCCGCAGCAUCGACCAGCUGCGCAAAGACCACGUCAAGAAGUUCCUGCUCACCUUCCAGACCUCCAGUCUGGAGAAAAAGUAUUCGAAGAAGGUGGAUGACCGCUUCGGGGGCUAUGUGGCCUGCACACUGCUGGUCUUCUGUUUCAUCUCCUUCAUCCAGAUCGUCAUUUUCCCACACACUCCUGUGAUGCUGGGGAUCUACAUCAGUAUCUUCAUCAUCCUCGCCAACAUCCUCUUCAUAUGUGCCAUCUACUCCUGCAUCAAGCUCUUUCCUGCAGCCAUGCAGACUGUGUCCAAGAAGAUCGUGCAGUCCCGGACAAACAGCACCCUGGUCGGCGUGUUCACCCUGAUCCUCGUCUUCAUUUCUGCCUUCAUCAACAUGUUUGCCUGUGACACAGAGAGACUGGUGGACUGCGUUGCCAGGGAGAUGAACUCAACGUCUGACCUGGUGACCCCGUGUGUCAUCCAUAAGCUCUCACGGAGGGCAGAAGACGGCUUGGUCAUAUGCCCCAGCAACACUCCGUCCUGCCCCUUUCCUGAGUAUUUCAGCUACAGUGUGCUGCUGACGCUCCUGGCCUGCUCCGUGUUCCUGCAGAUCAGCAGUAUUGGGAAGCUGGCCCUCAUGCUGCUCAUCCAGCUCACCUUCCUGCUGCUCGUUGAGUGGCCACAGGUGGCGCUGUUCGACAACGCCGACCUCUUCGUCACGGCCAAUGCCCUUGUUUUUAAUGAAUCUUUACAAUGGUCCAGUUUCAAUGAAACUACAGACCAGUGCCCUUACAGUGUGACCAAAGUGUCUCUAAAGGUCAUGACCCCAGUGAUCCUCACAGUGUUUGUGCUGGCGCUGUACCUGCACGCCCAGCAGGUGGAGUCCACCGCACGCCUCGACUUCCUGUGGAAACUACAGGCCACCGAGGAGAAGGAGGAGAUGGAGGAGCUGCAGGCCUACAACCGCCGGCUGCUGCACAACAUCCUGCCCAAGGACGUGGCGGCACACUUCCUGGCGCGCGAGCGCCGCAACGACGAGCUCUACUACCAGUCGUGCGAGUGCGUGGCCGUCAUGUUCGCCUCCAUCAGCAACUUCUCCGAGUUCUACGUGGAGCUGGAGGCCAACAACGAGGGCGUGGAAUGCCUGCGCCUGCUCAACGAGAUCAUCGCCGAUUUCGAUGAAAUCAUCAGUGAGGAGAAGUACCGGCAGCUAGAGAAGAUCAAGACCAUUGGCAGCACCUACAUGGCCGCGUCUGGCCUCAACGACUCCACCUACGACAAGGAGGGCCGCAGCCACAUCACCGCACUGGCCGACUACUCCAUGCGGCUACGCGAACAGAUGAUGCACAUCAAUGAGCACUCCUUCAACAACUUCCAGAUGAAGAUCGGCCUGAACAUUGGACCAGUGGUAGCUGGAGUUAUUGGGGCCAGGAAGCCUCAGUACGACAUCUGGGGAAACACCGUCAACGUAGCCAGUCGCAUGGACAGCACAGGGGUUCCGGAUCGGAUUCAGGUGACCAAUGACCUGCGCCAGGUGCUGGAUAAGAAAGGCUACCAGCUGGAGUGUCGCGGAGUGGUCAAAGUCAAAGGCAAGGGCGAGAUGACCACCUAUUUCUUGAAUGCCGGACCUUCCAAAAGUUAGCACCGGCCGCUGGACUGGGAUGAAACGACAUUCUCUUCAGCUUUCCUUCCCCCAAGGCUAAGUAAGGGGGGUGGGGGAGUGGUGGUGGUGGUGGUGGUGGUGGUGGUGGUGUAAGAAGAAGAACGAAUCGACAAAAACCCACCCUCACCCCAUGUCAAAACCAGUAGCCAUGCCACCACUUGAAAAGAAAAACAAAACAAAGAGGCAACGAUAAGCAAACCAAGAGAAAGGAAAGACUACGAGACUCGGCUCUUGAGAGGGGAAAGCUCUCGUGUUGUGGCCCACUAGCGGGGGCACGCACAUCCAAGGACGAUUGUUAUGUAGUUUUUAAAGUCGCUCUCUCAGGCUUCUUGAAAGAUGCAAAGUCUGUUUAUUUAACUAAAGGCCUUCAGCCGAUGAAGAAAAAUGCUGUACAUAUAGCUUUUUUUUCUCUCUGACUUUUUGUGCAACAUCCAUUUUUUCGCCAUGUCUUUUGUUUUUUUUAUUUUGGAAAUUAUGACUACAGGUACUUGUUUACUGUUUGUUUUUCUCUUUUUUUCAGAAUUCUUUAUUUAUUUUAACCUUGAUGUUUUGUGCAAAAAAAAAGUAUUUUAUGGGGAAAACAUUUGAAGAAAUACAUGCACAUAUAUACAGUACAUAGGUAUGUACUGAUGUAUAUAUGUGUAUGAAAGUAUUUACAAGAUAUAUGUAUAAAUUGAAGAGAAAAUAAUAUCGACCAAAGACCAAAGUAUUUAACAGAAAACUAAAUGAGACGUGUUGGUUUGGCCUCUACAGCCUCACAGCUGUGUGGAUUUGAAGUGUAUGCCCUGAGGUCUCAGUUCUGGUGCGUCUCAGCUUUGCUUUUGAAGGCCACAGCAACGUCCUCGUUUUGGUUGACAAAGUAUAAAAAUAUAUAAAUAUCUCUAUGUAUUAUUUGAGGUAUUUUAGGCCUCUUGGGAUCUGAAGCCUUUAAGAAAAAGGUGGCUGAUGCUUACGUUUCUUUUUAAUUUUUUUUCCGUCCAUCUCUUUCUCCCCGUCGUUUUUGGUUUUGAUGGAGGAAGGAAAGCAGGUUCCCCACAGUCACAGGUCACUGUCAUGUGGGGAGUGUCUGUCAAAGUCUGAAGUCUGUCGGGAACCACCAAGGAACCUCAAGCAAGACUACUAGCCAUUUCCUGUGGUAGGGCGAGGGUGUCGCGGGGUGACUGCAGAUUCUAGCGGCCGGCAGGCUCUUCCCUCAGGAGGCUUUGACUGGGCACGUCCAAGAACACCUCCAGUCAGCCCAACGCCACCGUAAACGUUCCGUCGUCAAUCUCUUCUUUUUGAAAAGAAGUAUUUUUUUGGUACAGAGAGACCUUACUGAGACACAGGGAGAGAGAAGACAGCCACAGGAUUGGAUACCAUGGUACCACACAGUUUGUUGCAUUCGAAUUCCUAUAAGAGAGACUUUUUUUCUAAAAAAGAAAGAAAUAUAUAAGAAAUCUAUAAAUUAUGACUGAAUACUGUGCUUUGUUAUCUUGAAGGGGCAUAACUCUUUUCACUGUGAGGUUUCUAUGAUACGACAAACUGCUUUCUUGCCAAACCUAACUGCUCUAAAGCAUGUCUGAUUGUGGUAUCUUCAGCAUCCGUUUGUUUGUUUGUUUGUUUUGAGUUUUAAAUGUUGGGUAUUUUGUAUCACCUCUGUAUUCAUUAUUUUUAUUCUUCUUAUUAUAGUUGUUAAAAUGCAUAUUAUUAUGAUUCCAUUCCAACGUGAAGGAACAAAGAAGGCUAUGUGCUCUGGAAAUGCUUAGACGUAAGCCCAAGCUCAUAUGGUACCAACUGAUCAACUCCAGUCAGUGUCCAGUUGAACAGUAUUGCAGCCACAAAUGAGUCUCUACUCCCUGACUCAGAAAAAAAAAAAUCAAGCAUGUUUCCUUGCAUGGUUUAGUCACACAUUUCGUUAUUUUUUUCAAAGUCCAUGAAGAGCAUAGUAGCUUUUCAGACAUAAAGGUUUUUGCGAUGAGGAAAAAAACAAAAAUGCUGCUAUCUUAAUUAUGGCAGCAUGCAGCUUCUUGUCAAGACACUACACAUAGAGACAGACGGGAGGACCUAGCUGUUCGACUAGGACUAAGUCGUUGAGAUGGUCAUGAGCCGUCCACACUGCAUGUGUGCGACAAGAUGGAUUUGCCUUAAAUUAUCAGCUCCCCUCACGGAGGGAUGUAAACAGUGCCUCCCUGCCAGAAACAGUCAGUCGUCUAGAGAAGGAGAGACAGACAGAAAUGUGUCUCCUUCCAGCAAGAGUGUGUGUAUUAAAACAGCUCAAUUUCUAAGCAAUCAGAGCAUUUGGUCUCAGAUAGGGAGAAUAUACUGUAACUGUAUGGGCUUUUUGUUGUUUUGUUUCCUUUUGUUGGUUUGCUUUCUGAUCUGCCCAAGCUCUUACUGGUCUCGCUCAGUCAGCACCCUGAUUUCCUGCAUCUCACCAUGGGUCCACCCCACUGGCCAUGACAGUUGAUCAAGUUUGUACCAAAAACAGCUUGUGCCUUUUCGCUUCCCUCAGCAGUACCACGGACACACAGGGUGCCUCUCAUGCAGCGUUUAUAGUCCUCCCUCGCUCCUCGGGCGUCGGUCCUCACUGAUCUACAUAAAGAAAGAUAGAAGAAGGGAUAGACUAUCCCAUUGUUGCCGCCCCAUCAUUCUUUAUGUAGAUCAGUGAGGAUCGAGGGCUGAGGAACGAGGGAGGACGCAUAAAUGCUGGAUGAGAGGCACCUACAGUGCAGUCAGCGGCGGGGCCACACACACACUGUGGGGGAGGUCAAAGGUUAAAGGUUAGCAUGAAGAGUUACACACCUAGAGCUGGAAUAUAUUAAGACUUUUGUGGUGAGGGGGGCGGGGGGGUGGUACAGGGGAAUGGGAGAGGGCAGGUGGAUUUUAAUGAAGUAUUUUAGGACUACUGAAAACUCACACUGGGGCCUCUGUCUGGAUCAGGCCUGAAGAACUCUGAUCAUUUUUUUGUUGUUUUGUUUUGAUUUGUUUUGCUUCGUUUUUAUUUUUUUUUCUCUUUACUUUGUGGAAGGACUAGAAAAGGGAUAAGUAUUUCAACUUUUUUGCAGAAAGUUGAAAAAGACUGACAAACAUAGAAAUAACAUUUCCCCUUGAAAAAAAUAAAAGUGUCUGUUUUGA